CUCCAUGCCGGGAAUGCCAUUGGCCAGUACGACCAUCCAUUAGCCAGGUGGAAUGGGCAGGGUGAAGGCAGAGCUGCGCGGCAGCCAGGCCAAGACCUGGUUCCUUGUAUAGGAAAGCUGGGUUGGAUGCAGGGCUGAGACGUGACAUCCUGGUCCUUUGGCCCUGUUGCAGGCUCACUCCCACCUGCGUGCAGCCCCACCAUGGAGCCUGGCAGCAUGGAAAAUCUGUCCAUCGUGUACCAGAGCAACGACUUCCUGGUGGUGAACAAGCACUGGGACCUGCGCAUUGAUAGCAAGACCUGGCGUGAGACCCUGACCCUACAGAAGCAACUCCGACACCACUUCCCAGAGCUGGCUGACCCUGACACCUGCUAUGGGUUCAGGUUCUGCCACCAACUGGACUUCUCCACCAGCGGGGCGCUGUGCGUGGCCCUGAAUAAAGCAGCUGCGGGCAGCGCUUAUAAGUGCUUCAAGGAGCGACGAGUUACCAAAGCCUACCUGGCACUGGUCCGAGGCCAUGUCCAGGAAAGCCAAGUGACGAUCAACUAUGCCAUUGGCAGGAACAGCACAGAGGGGCGGACCCACACCAUGUGCAUUGAGGGCACUCAUGGUUGUGAGAACCCUAAGCCAAGUCUCACAGAGCUGCUGGUCCUGGAACAUGGGUUAUAUUCUGGUGACCCUGUGUCCAAAGUGCUGCUGAAGCCACUUACAGCACUGCAGCACACAACAGAAAGCCCAGGGGCUGCCGGGAGGCUCUAAAGCCAACAGAGAACUUGCUGGAUGCUGUCAGAGCGAGGGAUGUGACAAAGAAUGACUCAUCCCAGCCUGACCUCCCAUCCCUGACUCCGCAGGCCGGACACACCAGCUUCGAGUACACUGCAGCGCUCUCGGCCACCCUAUCGUGGGCGACCUGACUUACGGACAGGCUGACGACCAGGAGGACCAACCGUUCCGUAUGAUGCUGCACGCCUUCUACCUGCGCAUCCCCACACGGGCCGAGUGCGUGGAGGCCUGUACGCCUGACCCCUUCCUGCCUGCCCUUGAUGCCUGCUGGAGUCCCAGUACCUGCAUUCAACCCCUUGAACAGCUCAUCCAGGCCCUACGGACUGACCCUGACCCUGACCCGAUGGCCAGAGGGCCAAGGCCCUGCAGCCCCUCCACCCCACAGCCCAGGCCAGGUCGGCCGCCUCCUGAAACUGAGGCACAGAGAGCGUCGUGCCUGCAGUGGUUAUCAGAGUGGACGCUAGAGCCGGACAACUAAGGGCCUCUGAGCUUUGGGGGUCAAGAGCUGCUAGACUCAGCAGCUAGGAAGCCAUGAUUGCUAGAGGACAGGGUACUCAGGCUGUAGGAGAGAUGUCCAGUAGGUAAGUCUUGCCCUCAGCAUUCCUCCAGGGGGAGCUAAGGCCGUUCCUUCUGGAAUAGCUUUCUGCCUCCUUAGCUUUACCCCAGGCUGGCCCAAGCCCCUAGCCAGGAAGGGCAAAGCCAGGAGCAAGGAUCCUCCAGGGCUUCACAGCGCCUGGGAAGGGCCAUCCUUCCAUUAGCCCACCUGGACUUGGGUCCCCUGCAGCCCCCAGCCUGUCUCUUGCUGCCUGCCACUGUCAUGUGCCUUUGCCUUCCUGAACUCUGCCAGGGCCUCACCUCCUCUGCCUGCAUCUAGCGCUUGGCCCCAAUGCAUGGGAGUGCAUUGGAGCGUCUACAGAGGCGUCCUCCACACGCGCCCGUCCCUCUAAGCCUGCCCUGGAUGCUGCUUCUGCUCUAUGGGCUCCUAGUUGGAGCAUUGACCAUGUCACCACCUGCCUGGCUUCCACAUAGCCAUAGAGUAUCAGCGUCAGCCUUUGGGUCCUCUCCUGGGAGCCUUCUGGGCCUCACCUGACCACCACAACACAGCCACAGCACCCUGGCUGCAGCUAGGGUCUAGGAUUAAGAAUAAAUGUUCAGUGAUCAAUCUC